GGCUCCCAACAUGAACUGGCGAGCUGUGAUGGCUUCGCUUUUACUUCUCUCACCUACCCCAUCCCAUACUCUCCCCUGCGACAGUGAACCCAACCAGCAAACUGGCAUGCUCUAUGCUGGAGGCUGUCCACUCCCUGGCGUAUGCACCUGGGGAAGCUGUACAAGCGUCACGAUCGGACUCGACCCUACACAAUGCGGGAAGCGUGGCAACUCAUGCAAAGCUGGAGAGCUCUGCGUUGCUGGCGGAUGUUUCCCUCUUGAUGUUGGGUCAAAUACCAACAGCUGCACUACCUCAUCAGGUUCCAAUAGCUCUGGAUCAUGUCGGCCGGGCCAAUGGUGCGAUGAUGGAAAGUGUUCUCCAAUCCAGGUGACAGCAAACUCCCGUCGUUGUGGCAGUACGAACGAACGGUGUGGACCUGGAUCUCUUUGUGUCAACAACAAAUGCCAGAAGAUUAACAUUGGCUCAGACCCCAAGUCUUGCGGUCCUUCAAAUACAACCUGCAGUUCGGGUAACUGGUGCCUUGACGGAUCAUGUGUGCCAUUUCAACUUGGUACCAACGUCCAGUCCUGCAAAAGAAGCAGUGAAUGCUCCCUUGGCGCAUCAUGCCGAGGUGGAUACUGUCGUCAGGUCUUCAUCUCGACCGACACUUAUAACUGUGGCCUGGGGGCCAACCCAAAGAACUGUACCGAUGGCCAACUCUGUGUUUCCGGACAAUGCCGCUCACUCAACAUUACUUCCAGGACUGCUACCAAUUGUGGCUCAUCUAAUGGAAAGUGCCAAACCGGAUCUUACUGCUCGAACAACGAGUGCGUACCUAUCAGGAUCUCAACCGACCUAUCGCAAUGUGGAAGCAGCUCAGAACCCUGCGGAAGUAACCAAGUGUGUGUCUCGGAUCAAUGUACCAGCAACCUUAUUCACCAGUCCAACACACCCAGGGUCGCUUGUGGUGCUGGGUCUGGAGGUCCUGGAGCACGUAUUCCUGGUGCAGAUGAGGAUGAAGAAAGACAGUCGGACGCAGGAGGCAGUUCCUCGGGAGGAAGUGGCAGUGCUGGCGACAGUGAAACGAAUGAAGAUGGCUCGGGAGAAGAUGGUGGUGAUGCCAACGGCCAAGAAGGAGGAUCUUCUGAUGGAAAUGGAUCAUCAGACCAGGACAAUGAUGCGUCCAGCGACGGGAAUUCACAGUCACCAGAUGGUUCCAACGAUGGAGGCGACUCUGGCAAUGAGGGCUCAUCAAAUGGAAAUGGCGCAACCUCAGCUCGACCCCAGGGAACUUCGGGCGAUGCUGGGCAAGGGGGAGGAGACUCAGCUUCUGGAGGAAACGGGGAUGGACAAGCAGACCAAGAUGGAUCUGACCAAAAUGGCGCCGAUGAAGCACCAUCAGGGCAGAACGGAGGAAAUACUGGCACUGGCUCACCUACUUCAACUUGCAGCCCAGCCUGUGCUGGGAAUACGGUCUGUAUCAACAACCAAUGCUCUUCAGUUCAGGACCCAUCUUCCUGCGGGACAUCCUCCAGCCGUCUUCUGCGUCUUCUUCGGAGACAAGCGACAUCAGCAUGCCAGCCAGGGUUUGCCUGUAUUAAAAACGAGUGCGUACCGGCCGAUGGCCCGGUCAACUGCGGUGCAUCAGGUGUCAAUUGCCCCAUCAACUAUGCUUGUAUACAAGAUUCCUGUGUGGCUCUCGGUGACCCAACCUCUUGCGGUGGCGAAACUUGCAGCAGCGAUGAAGUCUGUAUAGGCAACAUUUGCACACCAAGUCCCGGUUUAGCUAGCUGCAAUGGAGUCGCUUGCGCUACUGGUGAGACAUGCCAAAAUGGAGCUUGUGUCCCUAUUGAUAGCACAGGAGGAUCAGGUUCAAGUGGAGGUGCAAGACCCCAAGAGAGCGGUUCAAAUAAUGGAGUCGAUGAUGGAUCUUCCUCCUCAAGUGGUGAUGACGGGAAUGGUGAUAACACAGGUGAGGAAGGCCAGGGCAGCGGAGGUUCUUCUGAUGGGGCCUCUCCAAGCGACGGCUCUUCCGAUGAUGGGUCACAGGCUGGCAGUACACAAGGACAAGGCUCUGGUGGUGAUGACUCCCAAGGUAAUUCUGACUCAGGACCCGGUACUGGCUCAGGAUCUGGCUCCGGUAGUGGUUCCGGAUCUGGGAACGGCUCAGGCUCAGGCUCCGGCAAUGGGUCUGCUGGUGGCUCAAAUGACGGUGGAAGCUCUGGAUCUGGCACGAACCCAGGAAGCGGAACUGGCUCGGGCAACGGAUCAAAUUCAGGAUCGGAUUCACCCUCAGGCAAUGGUUCAGGAACUGGAUCUCAGGGAGGCAGUGGUUCAGGAUCAAAUGGUGGAGAUGGCGACGGCAAUGGCUCAGAAUCCAGCCCAGGUUCUGGUUCAUCAUCAGGCAAUGGAUCAGACGGCAGUGGAAAUGGAUCGCAGACAACACGCCAACCAGCACUUACGGCUAGACCACAAGGCAAUGUUCCUGGUGGUGGUGGCGAUCCUGAUGCAGACAAUUCCUCCUCUGGUGCUGCUAAUACAGGAUCAAAUGGCAGACAGACCUCGAGCACACAAGCUGGAACCCGUCCAAGCCAAAGUGGCAGCCAAGGAAGUGGCCCUGGAGGCGAUGGAUCUGGAGGCGACAACGGAUCAAGCAGUCGCUCACAAUCAGCGUCUUCGCCCAACCAGACUGGAAGUACAGAGGGAGGUGGUACAGGCGGUGAUGGCGACCCUGUGUCGAGUGACUCUAUGUCCAAUGGUGGCGCAGAAGCAACAUCGGGCGCUUCUGUAUCUGGCGGCUCUUCACCUUCAGGAGCGGGCGGAUCGGGAGCUACAGGUUCAACAGGCCAGACAUCGCCAACUUCUAUCCUAUCUGAUGGGGCACCAAUUGUCAACCCCGGCCCAGACUCAACAGAUGCGUCUGGAAGAUUGGUGACAUCGACUUCUAGACAGAUCGGAAGCCCCGAAGGAAAUCCUACUGGUGGCGGAGACAACGACCCAUCGCCGACGGAUAGUAAUGGUGGUAGUAACACAGUCACUCGAGGGUCAGGCAGCAUCUCAACGAGCAACGGGGGCCCGUCGGCUACAGGCGGUGAUGGAGGUGCCACUGGCUCUACAACUCAAGGUUCAGGCACUUCAAAUACCGUUGCCAGUCAGUCAAGCUCCCGAAACCCAGCUGGUUCUGACACAGGUGAUGGCCAACCUUCAAAUACUGACGGCGGCCCCAACCCUGGAGAUCAGACAAGUGCGAGUGGCAGUCAGCCUUCUGCGACCAAUUCAGAGGGUACCAACCCAAGCCAAGGGGCUGGAACGACUGGAUCUUCCAAUGGACAGACAACUGGUGGCCAGUCUUCAUCUGUCACAACCACAGGCCAAAGCUCGUCACCCACUGGUGAAUCUCCCACAUCCUGCUCAGAUGACAGUGACUGUGUAGUCGACACUGAGCUCUGUAUAUCCGGAGGACUCAACAUCUGCGCUUGCGUGAACGCAGUAUGCGUCCCGGACACCGACCCAGAUGCCGCUUCUACUUUAGGAGGCGUCAGUUCUACCGCGGCAUCUGGAACCCAGGGCACCGAUCCAUCAACACCGACGGAGACUGGCGAAGGUACACUAUGUACUGAUGAUGACGACUGUUUGGCUGAUGUCUCGUUGUGCUUAAGUGGCUCACUCAAUCUAUGCACUUGUGUCAACGCAGUCUGUGUUCGAGACACAACAACUGGUGGCUCUCAAGUCACAAGCACGGCUUCUGGCAACAAUCCUGGGUCUGGUGCCAGUGCAUCGGGAACUACAACAUCCGAUGAGUCGGCCAGAGAAACAGGGUCGGCAUGUUCUACCAGCGACGACUGUGUGGCCGAUGUAGCAUUAUGUUUGGUCGGCGGGCUCAACUUGUGUGUCUGCGUGGAUGCUGUCUGUCAACUCGGCCCUGGCUCAAGCAACGGUGGAGGCGGCGGCGAUGACCCUGGAGACACCGACCAAGGUCCAACAGAAACAGCUGGGGCACCAGCAGCACAGUCAUCAGUAUCGUGCGGGACUGCUGAAGACUGUACAGCCGCCCUCGGACUGUCUGUCUUGGGAAUAUACGUCUGUGUGGACCUCAUUUGCCAGCUUCAGCCAACUGCCAACCCUACGAAUGGAGACACGACAGCAUCGCAAACAGGCUCCAACGCUGUUCCCACUAUCACUGAACCUAUCGAUUGUGCCACAGAUCAGGACUGCGUGGCGGCGUUGGGAGCCAACGCGAUAGGGAUAUUCGCGUGCAUAGAUCUUUUAUGUCAGCAGACAGCUACGGCCUCUGGAGCUGGUGCCUCUGCUACUGAGCCUGCCUCAUCUAGACAAAGAACUGACGUCGAGUGCUCAACGGAUCAAGACUGUGUGGCAGCCAUUGGAGUUGGGGCUCUUGGUAUCUUUGCAUGUGUGAAUCUUCUUUGCCAACAGACAGCAACGGGCAGUGUUGCAACUACAGCAACGAGCACCGGGGUGUCUGUUUCGGGAUCUACAACUGACGUUGAGUGUGAAACUGACCAAGACUGUGUUGCCGCUCUCGGCGCUCAGGCAUUGGGAUUAUUUGUAUGCGUUGAUCUUCUCUGUCAAGAAACUAUCUCAACUGCAGGCGCUGGAUCUUCGACAACUCAACCGCCUUCUCCGGGCGCUACAACCGAUAUCGAAUGCUCGACAAACCAGGACUGCGUGGCAGCCAUUGGCGCAAAUGCUUUGGGGAUUUUCGCCUGCAUAGACCUGAUUUGCCAGCAGACUGCAAACCCUAGCAGCGGCUUCGUCACUGUCACGUCUGAUAGUACACCGGCCCCAACCAGUAGUUCGGAAACACCAUGUACUGACGACAGCGACUGUACUGUUACAGGCGAUACAUGCGCCGCAGAUGGCUUUUGCAGGGUAUCGUCUGCAAGUACUGGCAACGGGAACGCCUCAUCUUGUUCCGACAGUGUUGACUGCCUCUUAUCUCUGAACCCUCUUUGCGCCCUUGGCCUCUGCGUCUGCUUGGACGCAGUCUGCAGCCCACCAAGAAACGUCGACACAUGCUCGACAGACUCGCAAUGCAGUACUGGACAGACGUGUCAACAAGAAGUUUGUGUUGAUGAAGUCCCUUGUUCUACAGAAGAUGACUGUGUGGCAAACCUCAACUUGUGUACAUCGCUGGGAAUUUGUGCUUGUGUCAAUGGAUUGUGUACUCUGUAA